GGCUUGCACCCCACCCCCGACGCCUCGGAGCCCUCCCGGCCUGAGCGUGGGACUAGUCGCUACUUCGCCGGCCGUCUUAGAAUGGAGAAGUCGCGGCCGCCGGCGAGGGCUGAGACACGGAGGGCAGACGCUCUCCUCCCCCUCUUACCAAGCGGCGCUGCUGCUCGCAUCGCUGCAAGAAAAAGGGACUCCUGGUUCUUUGAACUUUCCAUCUACUCAUUUAAUCCGAGGAACAACCUUAUGAGUUAUGCCUCCUCAGGAUUCUGACCUUCCCCAGAAGGAGCAGGAGAAAAUGACCAAGUUUCAGAUUUCCGAAAAUUUUUUUAAAAAGGAGUUAUGUCCUGUUUGGCCAGAGUCUAGAGAUUCAGGAACACUUGUACUGUCUUGCAUGAAAGGAGGUAGUGACGUUCAAGGACGUGGCUGUGGUCUUUACCAUAGAGGAGCUGGGGCUGCUAGACUCCACCCAGAGGAAGCUGUACCGAGAUGUGAUGGUGGAGAAUUUCAAGAACUUGGUCUCAGUGGGACAUCUUCCCUUCAAGCCAGAUAUGGUAUCCCAGUUGGAGGCAGAAGAAAAGCGUUGGAUGAUGGAAAGAGAAACCCAAAGAAAUGGGUAUUCCAGUGAGGACCACGUGACUGUUCCUUCAGGCAGCAAGAAUCAAAAUGAGAUGGAGACACUUCGAAAAGUUGCAUUAAAAUUCCUUUCAAAUGAAGAACUAUCCUGCUGGCAAAUCUGGAAACAAGUGGCAAGUAAUUUAACCAGGUGUCUUCAGAGAAAGCGCUCCCAGUUACAACAAGGCAAUUCUAUUCAGGUUUCUGAAAAUGAAAAUAGUGUAAUGAAUCAUAAAGGAAAUGGCUCCGCUUACACUGCAAAUCAAGAGUUGUCCAUUUCAAGAACCCAGGACUCUUCUGGGAAUACAUACUUUCACGAGUCACAGAAUCAGAGUAAAGGUCAGCAAGUUAAUACGAAAAAUAACCAGCAUAUAUCUGAAGCCUUCAUGAAGAAAUCACCACUUAAUGAUCAUAUUAACAUUGACACAGAACAGAAACCUUACAUUUUCAACAAAUGUGGCAAAAGCAUUAGUGAUAGCUUUAAUCAGCGUAUACCUCCGAGACAAGAAUUUCAUCCAUGUCGUGAGUGUGGAAAGGGUGUCAAUUAUAGCUCGGUGCUUCUACUUCAUCAGAAUGUUCACACAAGAGAGAAAUGCUCUAGUCAGAGCUCACAUUUGCAGACGCAUCAGAGAAUUCGCCCAAGAGAGAAACUCAAUAAGUACCAUGAAUCUGGUGAUUGCUUCAAGAAGAGCACUUUUCAUCCUCAUCAAUCUCACCAUACAGGAGAGAAGUCCUAUAGAUGUGACAGUUGUGGCAAGGGAUUCAGUAGCAGCACAGGACUUAUCAUUCAUUACAGGACUCACACUGGAGAGAAACCUUAUAAAUGUGAGGAGUGUGGUAAAUGCUUUAGUCAAAGUUCAAAUUUUCAGUGCCAUCAGAGAGUCCACACUGAAGAAAAACCGUAUAAAUGUGAAGAGUGUGGUAAGGGCUUCGGUUGGAGUGUUAAUCUCCGUGUUCAUCAGAGGGUUCACAGGGGUGAGAAACCCUAUAAAUGUGAGGAGUGUGGUAAGGGCUUCACCCAGGCUGCACAUUAUCACAUACAUCAGAGGGUCCACACUGGGGAGAAACCUUACAAAUGUGAUGUCUGUGGUAAGGGCUUUAGUCACAAUUCGCCAUUAAUAUGCCAUCGGAGAGUCCACACUGGAGAGAAACCGUACAAAUGUGAGGCAUGUGGGAAAGGGUUUACCCGUAAUACAGAUCUUCAUAUCCACUUCCGAGUUCACACAGGAGAGAAACCCUACAAGUGUAAGGAGUGUGGGAAGGGCUUCAGUCAGGCUUCUAAUCUUCAGGUCCAUCAGAAUGUCCACACUGGGGAGAAGCGAUUCAAAUGUGAAACGUGUGGGAAGGGCUUCAGUCAGUCAUCAAAGCUUCAAACCCAUCAGAGAGUCCACACUGGAGAGAAGCCAUACAAAUGUGAUGUGUGUGGUAAGGACUUCAGUUAUAGUUCAAAUCUUAAGCUGCACCAAGUAAUUCACACUGGAGAAAAACCAUAUAAAUGUGAGGAGUGCGGGAAGGGUUUCAGCUGGCGAUCAAAUCUUCAUGCUCAUCAGAGAGUCCACUCUGGAGAGAAACCCUAUAAAUGUGAGGAAUGUGAUAAGAGCUUCAGUCAGGCUAUAGAUUUUCGGGUACAUCAGAGAGUCCACACUGGAGAGAAACCAUACAAAUGUGAUGUAUGUGGUAAGGGCUUUAGUCAGUCCUCUGGUCUUCAGUCCCAUCAGAGAGUCCACACUGGGGAGAAACCCUACAAAUGUGAUGUCUGUGGAAAGGGUUUCAGAUAUAGUUCACAAUUUAUAUACCAUCAGAGAGGCCACACUGGAGAAAAACCUUACAAAUGUGAGGAGUGUGGGAAAGGCUUUGGAAGGAGCUUGAACCUUCGCCAUCAUCAGAGGGUCCACACAGGAGAGAAACCCCAUAGAUGUGAGGAAUGUGGUAAGGCCUUCAGUCUCCCCUCAAAUCUUAGGGUCCAUUUGAGUGUUCACAUUAGGGAAAAACUAUUUAAGUGUGAAGAGUGUGGUAAGGGCUUCAGUCACAGUUUACGUCUUCAAGCCCAUCAGAGAGUCCACACUGGAGAAAAACCAUACAAAUGUGAUAUAUGUGGUAAGGACUUCAAUCACCAUUCACGUCUUAAAUACCAUCAGAAAGUCCACACUGGCAGGAAUCGUUAAAAGUGAAGAAUGUUAAUGCUUCGGUCAGGAUGCACAUCAUCAUGUGUUUGGAGAGUCCAUGCUGGUAAUAAACCAUCAAGUAUUGAGAGUGGAAAGGGAUUCCUCAGCUCUUUCUAACAAAUCCGUUAAAAUGAUAACAUGGGACCAUAAUAACAGGAAUAGAACUAAAAUUCGGGAGGAAUGGCUUGCAACUCUUGCCGAGAUCCAAGUGAUAUAAAUGGUCUUUAAAACUGAACAUAUGCCUAAAGAUAAUGUGUGAAAAGGAUAUUUGCCAAAUACUAGCUAGUUUUGGGGGGGGGGGCGGUCAGGGAGGCUUUUGGAUAAUUUUCCCUUUAAUUUACAUUUUAUACUUAUUUAUAGUAGCUGUUAUUUUUACUAGAGCUAUCAAGCUGUGAAAAAUGAAUAAAAUUACUGACUAAAGUUUCCUGACCAAGAA